AUGUAAAACUUAUCUAGUCAGGUAUAAACUGCUCCAAUCAAUAAUGACAAUGACAUUAAUCAAGAUUCAAGUAUCGAUGAAAAUGGGUAGCAGAUUUUAUGCUCUCGUAUUAUUUUGCUUGUGUACAAUGAUGAACUCUUGUGGUUGGAUUUGCUUCGCGCCAAUUUCGACAAUUCUAAUCAAUACAAGCUAGGAUUUAGGUAUGGAGUACUUAUUGGAAUAUUUUUAACUACUGUGGGGCUCUGGCUAAGAUGUCUUAUCAAUUACAAUUUUAUUUGGGCUUUAAUCGGUUAGACUAUUCUUGCUGUAGCUCAACCAUUUCUAUAUAAUGCUCCUCCUAAAAUAUCUGCAAAUUGGUUCGGUAAAAAGGAAAGACUAUACUCAACUUCAGUUGCUGCAAAUGCAAACACAUUAGGCGUAGCAAUCGGUUAUUUUAUUCCAGCUUUAUUUGUUAAAGACGAAGAUGAAUUCAAUGAUGAAGAUGCUAAAAAUCAUACGUGGUAGUUAAUGAUUUGUCUAGCUGCUAUUUCUACAAUAAUUUUGGUGCCUGUAGCAUUUACUCUAAAAGAUAAACCUCCAACCCCACCAUCUUUAUCAUAAUAAGACACUGAUGAAUAGAAAGUCAAGCAAUCAUUAAAAAAGGAUUUGAUUUUACUUUUGAAAAAUAAGGGUUAUAUGUUAACAUGCUUCGCGAAUGGUGGAGUUAUUGGUUAUACUUAUGUUUUCUCUACUUUGUUAUCUUAGAUUAUCACAAUAUAUGGAUUCACUGCUUCUUAAAGUUCAUGGAUUGGGACAAUUCACCUUCUUGCAGGAAUCGUUGGAGGAAUUUUAAUAUCCUUUUUCUUAACACGAAAACCAAGGUAUAAGUUUUUUUCUAUAUUAAUCACUGUUAUGACCUUUGGAACAGCAUACUUUGCAACUGUGAAUUUUAGUUAUGAAUAUUUGAUGGUAGCAUCCGCUAUAAAUGGAUUUUUUAGUAUGGGAGUAUUCUCUGUUGCUUAUGAAUUAGGAGUAGAGAUGUCAUUUCCAAUAGGAGAAGCUACAUCUGGAGGACUUACUAAUUCAGUAGCAAAUGUUAUAGGUUUUGUCUUAGUGAUAGCAAUGACUCCAAUUUUAGAAAGAGGUUAAAGUUAGGACGUCUUAACUACAAUUCUUAUUUUAUUGGGAAUUUUGCUAAUAUCUUCACUGUUAUUUGCUUUUACAAAAUUUGACCUAAGAAGAAUAAAUUAUGAGCAAGAGAAAGUCAAUAAUUCUGGAAUCAGAUUACGUUUGGGGAAAUUUAAAGAUGUUUAAGAUGUCAAUGAUGGGAGUAGUCUCUAAUCAGAUCGUCCAAUAAUUGAUUAGGAUGAUUGA